AUGUGUGUGCAUCUGCAAUGGAUGGUCGUUUGGAACUACUACAGUUUCCUGAUCAAGAGGAAUGAGUAGACAUAGAGCCCUGAACCCAAAACCCUGAAGUUCUGCAACUCUGUCCACUGCAAUGGGCUGAUUUACUCUAAAAAUGUGGGAGUGAAGCCCACAGCCAAUGUCAAAGGGUUCAUAGUGGUCAUGAAAUGCAAAUCCAGUCAGCGAAAACCAGUCACUUCACAUGUAAGGACCACCAUCAACAAGAAUGCACACGUCACCCUCAGCAGCAUUGGGCACACGAUCCGAAAGAACAUUUGUUUUCCUGAUCUGCGCAUGGCAGCCAGGCCACAUAAAGGGCCAGUGAUAUCCUGGAAAGCCAGAAGCCUGUGGUGGUGA